AUGAAACGCUUCUGGAAGCGUGCCGGUAUCAAGGAAGAACAAGAUGGCUGCACUGUUAUGUUAGAUCAUCGCAACGUGCGCACACCCAAUCGUCAUGUUGUCAAGUUGCCUCCCAAUCAACGCAUCCUCGCAUUAUUAACAGCAGCUGAAUGGGAUUCACAAACCACAGCACUGAAGCAACACACGCUGCCGCUGACAGGUAUUAUUGCGCGAGCGAUGGAUUCGUUCGAUCCAGUUACCACCGAUGAUCCCAAAGCUCGUCCUGAAGUGAUUGACAAAAUGAUGACUUACUUUGAUACGGAUGCCAUUUGUUACCAUGAAGAUUUCCCUGAAAUCUUGACACAACUGCAAGAUCAACACUGGAAACCUUUGAUUGACUGGGCACAAAAGACCUAUGGAAUCAAGAUCAACACGACCACUGGCAUCUUUGCUGUUCAACAGUCUCAAGAGGCCAAAGACAAGUUACGAUCGGUCGUCGAAGGCAUGGAUGCGCUGGAACUGGCCGCUUUUGAAAAGGCGGUGAUGAGCUCCAAGAGUUUCUUGAUUGGUUUGGCUUUGGUGAAAAAGGCUGUCUCUGUUGAGGAAGCCGCUUGCGCAGCUCACGUUGAAAUGAAUGCGCAAAUUGAUCGCUGGGGCGAAGUCGAAGACAGUCACGAUGUGGAACGUGAAUAUAUCAGGCAGACGCUGGGAUCCGUUGCCUGCGUGGUCAUGCACAAGUGA